AUGCCAGGGAACGGAGCCAUGGACACCUCCUGCCCUCCCACCACACCCAUGGCAGCCUUCCUGCGAGGCCCGGGUGAGGGGUCUCCGUGCACCCCCAGACUCGAAUGGGCUGGUGAGGGGCCGGGGGCCAGCGGUAAGAACCGGCACGUGUGCCACGCCGCGGCACGGCUGGAGAUGGGCAGCCUCUGGGAGGAGUUCAACCGCCUGGGCACUGAGAUGAUCGUCACCAAGGCAGGCAGGAGGAUGUUCCCCACCUUUCAGGUGAAGCUCUCGGGGUUGGAUCCGUUGGCCGACUACGUGCUGCUCAUGGAUUUCAUCCCGCUGGACGACAAGAGAUACAGAUACGCCUUCCACAGCUCAUCCUGGCUGGCGGCGGGCCGGGCUGAGCCGGCGGCUCCUGGCCGUGUCCACUUCCACCCUGACUCCCCGGCCAAGGGUGCCCAGUGGAUGCGGCAGAUCGUGUCCUUCGACAAGCUCAAGCUGACCAACAACCUCCUGGACGACAACGGCCACAUCAUCCUCAACUCCAUGCACCGCUACCAGCCCCGCUUCCACGUCGUCUUCGUGGACCCGCGGCGCGACAGCGAGCGCUUCGCCCACCAGAACUUCAAGUCCUUCAGCUUCCCCGAGACCCAGUUCAUGGCAGUGACAGCCUACCAGAACCACCGGAUCACCCAGCUGAAGAUCGCCAGCAACCCCUUUGCCAAGGGAUUUCGGGAUGGCGACCCCGAGCCAUGGUGUGGGGUGCCGGCAGGGUCCCUGCUGGGUGCGAUGCCCCGUGCCCGGGCUGCCCCGCUGCCCCCCCGUCCCGAGAAGCAGGAGAAAGGGGCUCCACGCAGCCAUGGGGCUGCUCUGGCUGCCGUCCCCCAACAACCAGCAGCACCCCCCAGUUUCUCCGAGCUCCCUGCACCCACCUUCCAGCCCCUCACCUGCCCCCCUGGUGUCUAUGUGGGAGCCAAACCCCGCACCCUGCCCUACCCCCUGCCCACCUUCCCUCCACUCAGCACCUACGGCCCCACUGCAGCCCCCACCUUUGGUUACAGCCAGCAGUGA